UUCAAUUGAAACAAUAAACAAAUAAACAAAUAUUUAAUAGACCAAUUCAAUUGAAACAAUAAACAAAUUAAACAUUUAAAGCAUCCAUUAGCUGCCUUUGUUCCUUGUGCAAGUCAAGGCAGCUUACAACGGAAACAAAACAAAGACACAAAUACCUAGAAGACCCCGAUUUAAAUUCACAAUUAGGAGUGUCAAUAAAUAAAUCUAAAAAUAGUCAAGUUCAGUACUAUAGGAAAUGCAGCUGCUUCCGAAAGAGUGAAAGUCAGAAUGACGAGAUCAGGUUGUGGACAGCAGGUGGCGCUGUAGCGCUGUAGAAUAACGGGCCUCUCUGGCCCAUCUCUAUGGCCGAUCCAACGUCCCUGCCGGUACUUCCGACUAGGAAGUGGAAAGCUGUCCACGUGGGUGGCAAGGUAGAACUAACCCGAUGCUCAUCCCACCAUGGAAUCCCUCCGGACCGUUACGUUUUGUCUCCAGAAAGCUGCGAGGCUGGGUUUGGCUGUUCGUUGCAACUGCUCUUCUGAGACCGUCCGCCACUUCUCAAUAGGGAGGAAAAAUUCUACAGCGCCACCUGCUGCCCACCUGCUAGAAAAGGUGUCCCCCAGUAGAGCUGGUCCCCUAGAAGUUCCUCGCCUGCAUGUUCGCUCUCGUUUUGAUAGGGCUGGAAGUGAGGAGUCUGCCCAGUCAAACCAGAAACUGCUUCCAACUAGCAAGCCCUGCAGAGAGCACAAACCUCUUCAGACUCCGUUCCCUGGCCGGCGGCAGCUGCCCACCAAAGGCCCGCCCACUCGUGGGGAGGAAUUCUGGAACCUGAGGAACGAUGACUUCUCCGAAGAGAAGGAACGCUCACGGGCCCGCUCUUUGCCUAUCGAAAGGACCAAAGGCUCGGAAGUGUUGUUUGGGAUUGCGCCCUGCUCCUUGGCCCUGGGGCGGUCCAAGAGGGACUUCUUUAGGCUGUUCCUCAAGUCCGGCAGCACCAGCACGCGGCCUGUGAUGGAAGAGUUCUCCCGGCAAGCCGAGGCGCGAAACAUCCCCGUGCAGCUGGUGCCACGAAAGUGGCUGGACUCCUUUUGUAAGGGAGGAGUCCACCAGGGCGUUUGCUUGGAGGCCACGCCCCUUCAUCCCAUUCGCUGGCCAGAAGGAUCCUCCCACCAGGCGGAGGAGGCCACCAGUACGGGGUCCCAGCUGCUCUGGUUGGCCUUGGAGGAAAUUCAAGAUCCCAUGAACCUGGGGGCCGUUCUGCGAUCCGCUUACUUCUUGGGUGUGGACGGGAUCGUGAUGAAUCGAAAGAACAGUUGCCCUCUAACACCCGUUGUCAGCAAGGCAAGCGCCGGAGCCAUGGAAGUCGUGGAUGUGUUUGGCACUGAUAACCUCCAGAGCUUUCUUCAGGCAAAACUUGAACGCGGUUGGGACAUCGUUGGGACAGUCGGUCACACCGGAGCCCACAGUGACAUCACCGUUGAGAGCUGCGUAGAUUUUCGCUGGACGAAGCCUACAGUCUUGCUACUAGGGAACGAAGGCCACGGGCUUUCCCCGGAAUCUCGGAGCAUGUGCCAAAGGAUGCUGAGCAUCUUCCCAGGAAGAGAUCUGCAACCUGGAAUUGAAUCGUUAAAUGUGUCUGUUGCAGCAGGGAUUCUUUUGCACUCCAUAUGCCGCCAAAAAAUCAAACCUACGUGAAGCUUUCCUUCCUUCUGCCUGGAACCCCGCCCUGCUUCCGAACAGCCUGUCCUUGAAGAUGCUUGCCCGAUAGGCUGUGAUUCCAGGGGAUCUACACUGAGAAAUAUUCUAGGCAGGAAUGGUCUUCAGGAAACCAGAAGAUUCCUCUAAGAUAGAUGCAGUGGACUUUCCAGAAGAUGUUGGUCAUACAAGAGCGCAUCUCUCCCUCUGAUACGUGUCUUGUGCAAAUCUAUCUCAGCGGUCUGUGAUUCUCACCUUCAACGCUGUGUUAUCUUCCUGGGCAGUUGUGUUAUCUCAGAUCUGUUUCCCAUGGCCCUGUCAAGCCCCCGGAUCUGGACCAAUACUGGACUCAGUGAUUACAAUCAGAAGUCUUUUAUUGUCAGACAGCAGCGUAGCCUUGGAAGACGCCAGUUAUAAACAUGGGUUCUUCUAGCAUCCCUUUUAAUGCCCUAAAGCAGAGGUGUCAGACUUGCGACCCUCCAGAUGUUAUGGACUACCCAUCAUGCUGGCAGGGGAUGAUGGGAACGGUAGUCCAUAAUAUCUAGAGGGCCGCAAGUUUGACACCUAUGCCCUAAAGGUCCCCCUUGGCCAUUGGUACCAGUCUCGGGGGUAUUAUGUAUUUUGUUUGAACCGGGACUCUGAUUUUUCUGGACUUUAUGUGUACUAUUUGGAUUUGGACUUUGAUUUAUUGUGUGCUAGGCUUUGCGACGCUCCGCGUUUGUCUUGGUCUUGCCAGAUAGAUUCUUGAGAGCAAUAACAGCUCUUCUAACUGGAUUUGUGGGACGGCCGCCGUAUGUUGCUUCAUGCAAGUAAAUCUACAUAGCAUCUGCA